GCUGAUGAUGAUAUUGACAUGUUUUUAGCAAUGUAUUUGGUUCUGUUUUUCUCUCAUUGUUUUGUUUAUAAAAAUUGUUAUUACCUUUGAUACACAAAAAGGACGUGAAGGUACAUUAGUGAUAGUGGAAUUUACAAACACAACACUGUUAAUUUACAGUUGAUCAGGUUUUGUUCAUCUUUGUGUUCUCCGCGAGAAGUUUGCAGUAUGGCGACCCGUGACGAGGAGCACGAUUACCUGUUCAAGAUUGUGCUGAUCGGGGACUCCGGAGUGGGCAAGAGCAACCUCCUGUCGAGGUUCACGAGGAACGAGUUCACCUUGGAGUCCAAGUCUACCAUCGGGGUGGAGUUCGCGACCAGGAGUAUCCAGGUGGACGGGAAGACGCUGAAGGCGCAGAUCUGGGACACCGCGGGGCAGGAGAGGUACCGGGCCAUCACCUCCGCGUACUACCGGGGGGCCGUGGGGGCGCUCCUGGUGUACGACAUCGCCAAGCACCUGACCUACGACAACGUGGAGCGGUGGUUGCAGGAACUGCGGGACCACGCGGACCACAACAUCGUCAUCAUGUUGGUGGGGAACAAGAGGGAUCUGCGCCACCUUCGGGCAGUGCCGACAGAGGAGGCUCGGGGCUUCGCGGAGCGCAACGGUCUCUCCUUCGUGGAGACUUCGGCCUUGGACUCCACCAACGUGGAGUUGGCCUUCCACAACACCCUCUUGGCCAUCUACCACAUGGUGACCCAGAGGCAGGUCAGGGACUCGCCGCACGAGGAGAACAUCACGUCCGCCAAACUACAAGCUAUAAGAGUGGAACCCACGGCCGGCACGCGUAAGGCUUGCUGUCAGUAGACCACCCUGAGACACUGGCAGUCACAGUCAACAGACGCUUCACUUCCAGAACGUGCUGCUGCAAGUGAUAGUCUUGUAAGUAGCUUACGCAAUUUGUCGUUUGCGUCAUCACAAGUUUAUUGUGUUUUUAGUGGCAUUUUGCGUGGUUAUACAAAGAACUCCGCUUUAAUAGCGAAGAUUUACGCUUCGGACUGAAACUUCCUAAAGGACAUACAUGGAAAGGCAUUCACUAGAUGUGCAAAUCCCAAAGUUGACAGGAUAGUGAGUAUUUCAAAUUAAGUUUAUUAGAAUUUAAAUUACUGCAAUGUUUAGUAUAAAAUUAAUGUAUUAGUUUACCAAACUAAUAAAGUAAGUUAUUUAAUUUAAUUA